AUAUUUUUUGCCGUGCGCUAUCGUUAAACCAUCGCAUACUUGGGCCACCUCUAAUCAGCUGGCGCUGAUGGGUGCGUUGGUGUGCGUGGGGGCUUUGUGUGCAUGUGAAUUAGUAAUAAUACAUUUCUCGUUUCCCAAAUUUAAACGUUUGUUCAAGAUAUAACUAGCCUUAAAGCUAUUUAGUGCAAUAGUCCUGCUGCCGCGAUUGAUACACCUAUUCAGAAAACGGAAAGCCACCCGAAAACUGCAACCGUGCCACACUUCAUUCAUCGAUUGCACCGAUUAGCGAUUCGAAGUGCUACUUUUCGCAGUUUUGUUUGGAAUUGCUUGGCAGGAAGAGGUGCCGCUUUGGUGGGUCAGAAGAACAGCAUUGUAGAGUUCCCCUCGAGAAAUGAGCGAAGUUCCGGAGAGCAGUAAAAAGCGUCAGAAGACGUGCCUACAGGUGGCGACGAAUGUGACCGAGCAGAAGCACCAUGUCACCAGGGAGACGCGCGGCAAGAAUCUGGGACUCUGCCGAGGAUUCCGAGGAUGCACCGUGUGGCUGACUGGUCUCAGUGGUGCUGGAAAGACCUCGAUUGCCUUCGAACUGGAGGCAUACCUGGUAUCCCGGGGCAUUCCGGCCUACGGAUUGGAUGGCGACAACAUUCGCACCGGGCUAAACAAGAACCUGGGAUUUACGCCCGCCGAUCGCGAGGAAAACAUUCGCCGCGUGGGCGAAGUGGCCAAGCUUUUUGCCGAUAGCGGAGUGGUGGCCAUCUGCAGCUUCGUUUCGCCCUUCGCCGACGACCGCGAGAUGGCGCGCAAGAUCCACAAGGAUGCGGGCCUGAAGUUCUAUGAGAUAUUCGUGGACACUCCGCUGGAUGUGUGCGAGACUCGGGACGUGAAGGGACUUUACAAAAAGGCGCGCGAGGGCGUUAUCAAAGGGUUCACGGGCAUCACGCAGGAGUACGAGCGACCCCAGAUGCCAGAACUGGUGGUCAACACGCACGGCUACACGGUGCGCGAGUCCACUCAGAAGCUGGUGACGCUGCUCGAACAGGAGGGCAUCAUUCCGCGCUCGCUGCGCGACGUAGACCUUCUGCCGGAGCUUUAUCCCAGCGAAUCCAUUGCCACGGAGGCACUGCGCAACGAGGCCGAGUCGCUGAAAGCCAUCGAAAUCAGCACCGUGGAGCUGCAGUGGGUGCAAGUGCUGGCCGAGGGUUGGGCAUAUCCACUGCGCGGAUUCAUGCGCGAGGAUGAGUACCUGCAGACGCUGCACUUCAACACACUUCAGAGCGGCAUGGACGGUUCCUAUCGCGAGAACCACUCGGUGCCCAUUGUUCUGAGCGCCACUCAGGCGGACAAGGAUCGGCUGGAUGGCUGCUCCUCGCUGACUCUCAAAUACCAAGGCAAAUCGGUGGCCAUACUGCGGCGUCCCGAGUUCUACUUUCAGCGUAAGGAGGAGCGGCUGGCGCGCCAGUUCGGCACCAGCAAUCCCAAUCACCCGUACAGUAAACAGGUCUACGAGUCCGGCGAUUAUUUGGUAGGCGGCGAUCUGGCAGUGAUCGAGCGUAUCCGCUGGGAGGACGGGCUAGAUCAGUACAGGCUGACUCCCAACGAGCUGAGGCGCCGCUUCAAGGAGCUCAAUGCCGACGCCAUCUUCGCCUUUCAGUUGCGCAAUCCCAUCCACAACGGCCAUGCUCUGCUUAUGCAAGACACUCGCCGCCAGCUGCUGGAGCGCGGAUUCAAGCAGCCAGUGCUGCUGCUGCAUCCUCUGGGUGGCUGGACCAAGGACGACGAUGUGCCGCUGGAUGUGCGCAUGAAGCAACACCAGGCCGUCCUCGACGCAGGUGUUUUGCGACGAGAGGACACAGUACUGGCCAUCUUUCCCUCGCCAAUGAUGUACGCCGGUCCCACGGAGGUGCAGUGGCACGCAAAGGCGCGCAUGAACGCCGGCGCAAACUUCUACAUUGUGGGCCGCGAUCCGGCUGGCAUGCCGCAUCCGAGCAAGGAAACUUAUCCGGAUGGAAACCUAUACGAUGCCACCCAUGGAGCGCGUGUGCUGAAGAUGGCCCAGGGACUAGACAGCAUGGAGAUCCUGCCCUUUCGUGUUGCUGCCUAUGACAAGAGCGCCAGUAGAAUGGCCUUCUUUGAGCCCAAGAGGAAGGAUGAAUUUGAGUUCAUCUCGGGGACCAAGAUGCGCACACUGGCCAAAACUGGAGCCAGUCCGCCGGAUGGCUUCAUGGAACCGAAGGCGUGGUGCAUUUUGUCCACCUACUACCAGAACCUGCCGCAGGUGUAACCCUCUGCCUACACUCGAUCCGCAACGUGCAAUUCCUCUUAGUUAUAGCUUGUGUGCUUAUUAUAUGCAUAUACUUCCACCUAAAGGCGCUUAUCACUUACCACAUCUUUUUCCAUCGUUCUAAACCCAAAUUCGUGGCUGUCCCCGUGUGUGAAUGUUAUGCUCCCCUAACUAAAUGUUUGUAUCGUACAAUCUACUUGUAUCUACACGCAAUUCUUUUUAUCUUAAGCAAAAUGUGUUGUGGACGGUUUUUAAUACAUAUAUAAAUAAUAAAAUAGCAAAUUAAUAAUAAA